UUCUGUCUUUAGCAAAACAAAUUAAAAAUAAUAGCUCCGGUCAUAUUUCUCAUGUCAUCUUUCCGUUUCUCAUCGAUCUUUUUCACAGAACCAACCAAUUCUUCCAACCAGUUGGCAAUAGUACCAGCAGCAGCAGCAUCAAAGCCUAGAGCCAACCUUCUUGCCAACAGCAGUAGCACUAGCAACGAAAUCGACGACAUCAAAGACCCAGGAACAGUGGACCAGACCGUCACGAUUAUGGACCAGAUGAACAAUGUGGUGACAACGACGACGACAGUGACUGCCAUAGCCAGUACCGUACAUCAGUCGACCGGCGGCGUGGGAGGAGGAGGAACGUCAGCAACGGGAAUCAUCAUCAGUAGCAACAGCAUUAGCAAAGUAGUGCCACCAGCAUUCUCACGGUUGCCUCCGGAUGGGCAUGAGUUCCCGCCGAACUUCAGCGAGCCCACACCGAACGGAAUGACCGUCGUCACACAGUCGCAGACCGUGGUCGCCUCGGCGAUGGCGCUGGCCAAGGGAGAUAAACAUUCCAGCUACGACGACAUUCCGGACCUACCGAAGAGCCACCCACCGGCAGUGCCUCGCAAAGUCUACCGCCAGGAUCUGGUCCUGAAAGCCUUGGACCAAAACCACCCAGAACAGACCACCACCUUCAAGAAGCCGCCAAUCUUCCCAUCGCCCGCUCGCAGCAACUCGAUGAUUCCGACGGACACCGCCUCGACCACGCUCCCGCUCCAGAAGGAGGAAUCCCGCCGACGGUCGUUCGACAUCCACGAGAUCAACAAACCUCCGUCCAGGAUUAGUUUGGUCGGGUCCAACUGGCGCAAGGAUGAAAAGUCGGAACGCAGUGUUCGCGAUAAGAUUGCCAUGUUCUCUCAUGGGUCGGGAGGUGGCAGUGGAGGAGGAGGAGGAGGAGGGAGUAGUGAUGGAGGAUCCGAAAAUCAAGGGCACCCAACGCUGCGGAAAUAUAGCAAGGAUUUCACUAAGAGUUCGGAGAACUUGUUGGGAAGCGAAAGUGGAUACGCAAGGAAAGCUGUUGAUCCAAUUGAGGCGUACGCUACUCUGAGGAAGAAAGCCCAUAGCGUGGAGAACCUGGACGAUGUCGAUAGUGUUCAGAAUGUAGGCUGAAUUCAGAACGGCGGAGAACGGCUCGUACAAAACCAAAUUUGGACUGGAGACAUCGAAACCGGUAGUAUUGGGUAAGGCAUACAGCGUAGAGAAUUUGAACCCAUCCAAUGGAAUGAUGGCUUCGAAUGGAGAUAGCAAAGUAGAUAAUGGAGGAAUGUUUGGUAAUGCCAAGAUUUUGUCAAGAACCACCAGUUUUUCUGGAUAUUCCAACGGCAAUAGCCUCGCGCGAUCAACAGCAGCAACACGUUGAGGAAAGAAGAAAGUCAUCUAUUACCAGCUUACUCGAACAACGAAAGAAUCCAUGUCCAAGCUGCGUGGAUUGGUUAUUCCGGAGAAGGUCCAGAAACGGAAGUGUUGCCCGACUCGAAGAUCAUCGGUCUACCAAUCAUCAAAAGCAAAGACUCAGAGAAGAUUCUCUCAUCGAACGUAUUUAACAAAUUCCAGAGAACUCGUACAGCCGCAAAACGGCUACACUUCCAACGCCUGCCAAAUCCAACGGAAGCUCAUUCCAACGAUGAUUGCGCCAAAGCCCAC